AACCCAGUUUGCUACUCGACGACGAGUUGAAUGUGCUGCCCAUCUCGUCGCAUUCGCGUACCAUGACCACUGUGCAGAAUACAAAGAAGGAGCUGACGCCGAGCAUGCUUGAGUUAAAUGAACUGAAGAGCUCUCUGAGAGAUACCCAGCCUGUGGGAACGUUAGUGGACCAGGCGUAUACACUUGAUCAAGCGAAGGCUCUCUUGACCUUUGUCGAGGCUAUCAGUGAAAAGACACUGCGCACCACAGUGACAUUGACCGCUGCCAGAGGUCGCGGAAAGAGUGCUGCACUGGGUCUCGGUAUUGCGGCUGCUGUUGCAUAUGGCUACUCGAACAUCUUUGUCACAUCUCCUACGCCCGAGAAUCUGAAGACAGUCUUUGAAUUCGUAUUCAAAGGAUUUGAUAAGUUGGAGUAUGAGGAACAUUUGGACUACGAUUUAGUGGAGAGCAGCAAUCCCGCUUUCAACAAGGCCAUUGUUCGAGUCAAUAUCUUCCGACAGCACAGACAGACCAUCCAAUACAUCUCGCCCCACGACGCCAAAAAACUGGGCCAGGCGGAGCUACUUGUGAUCGAUGAAGCCGCUGCUAUCCCUCUUCCUCUAGUCCGCUCGUUGCUAGGCAACUACCUUGUGUUUAUGAGCAGUACUAUCAAUGGGUACGAAGGCACCGGCAGGUCGCUAUCGCUCAAGCUCAUCAAACAGCUGCGCAACCAAUCUACUGGUGGACCGGGUGUAGUACACACAGCGGCCGGUGGCGAUACGGAUACCACUAGCGCCACAGGCAGCCGUGUGCUAAAAGAGUUGGCACUCGAGGAACCCAUCAGAUAUGCGGAGAAUGAUCCCAUUGAGCGAUGGCUGUAUGAUUUGCUAUGCCUGGAUGCCAACCUGGAUGAUUCACCUCCCGGCGGAGGCUGCCCGCAUCCGUCCAAGUGUGAAUUGUACUAUAUCAAUAGGGACACGCUGUUCUCGCACCACAAGGCCAGUGAGGCUUUCCUGCAGAAGCUCAUGGCCCUCUACGUCGCCAGUCACUACAAGAACUCUCCCAACGACCUUCAACUGCUAUCCGAUGCGCCUUCGCACCGUCUGUUCUGUCUGCUUGGGCCGGUAGACCCUACUAAGAAUAACUUGCCAGAGGUGUUGUGUGUGGUGCAGGUGUGUCUGGAGGGAGAGAUAUCCAAGGAGAGUGUGUACGCCAGUUUGGCUCGGGGUAAGACGGCGGCGGGUGAUCUCAUCCCCUGGACGCUCACACAACAGUUCCAGGAUAAAGAUUUCGCAUCACUUUCCGGUGCCCGUAUCGUGCGCAUAGCUACCCACCCGUCGUAUCAGAAAAUGGGGUACGGCUCUCGGGCCAUCGACCUAUUGGGAGAGUACUUCUCUGGGAAUAUCCCCUGCACAUCUGAUAAUCCUAUAACCGAGGGUAUGUUCAGCCGAGUAGCGGGAGACGAUGACACCGCAGACGACCUUCUCAGCGAAAACGUUAAGUCUCGCACAGACCUACCACCGCUUCUAUCAACGCUUUCCGAGCGUCCGGCCGAGAGGCUGCACUGGAUGGGCGUGGCGUACGGGCUGACCGAUACACUACUCAAGUUCUGGAAACGGUCCCGCUUUGAACCGGUAUAUGUGCGCCAGACCAGCAACGAGUUGACCGGCGAGCACUCGUGCAUCAUGCUGAAGGCCCUGGCCAAUGAGGAUCUCGAGACGUCUGUGCCAGAGGGGUGGUUGCAUACCUACACGGCGGACUUCAGACGGCGUUUCUGCAGUCUGUUGUCUUUCCAGUUUAAGACGUUCAGUUCGUCGCUGGCUAUGCAGGCCCUGGAGAAGCCCGGCACGCGGAUAUGCGACCCCAAGCCCACACAUCCGAUGGAGAAGGCAGAGUUCGAUACCUUGGUAUGGGCCUGA